AUGAGGAUAUUGUCAUGGAACGUAAACGGGAUCCGCAAUCCCUUCGCCUACGCCCCCUUCAACUCCAUGUCGAAAUCUUACAAACUCCUCCUCGACCACCUCGACGCCGACAUCAUCUGCCUUCAAGAAACCAAGAUCCAGAUGAAGGACUUGACGAUCGAUAUGGUCGCCGUCGAGGGCUAUGACGCGUUUUUCUCGCUACCGAGGCAGAAGAAGGGGUAUAGUGGGGUUGUGGUCUAUGUGAGACGGGAGAGAUGUGUGCCGGUGAAGGCGGAGGAGGGGGUUACGGGGCGCUUGGGGAUGAUCUGGGAUAAGGACAGGAUGUAUAUGGACUCCACCAACGCAAUAGGCGGCUACCCACCAGACUCAGCCUACACCAUGCCCCCGGCCACUCUGGACUCAGAAGGCCGCGCCGUCAUCCUCGACUUCAACCUCUUCGUCUUCAUCGGCCUCUACUGUCCCGCCAACUCUGGCGCAACCGACGAAGGCCGCGAAUUUCGGCGAGCUUACUUGAAGGCUGUGGAGGAUCGUGUGAAGUGUUUGAGGGAGGAAGGGAGAGAGGUUGUUGUGGUGGGUGAUUUGAAUGUGUGUCGGAGUGGGAUGGAUACGGCUGAGGGAGCGAAGUUGUGUAAGGAUGAGGAGUGGGUUAAUGACUUUGGGCGGUUAUGGAUGACACGAUUGGUGGGACCUCCGCCAUCGUUGGACGAUAAUGAGGAGGCGGAGGAAGCACCGCGGCUACUGGAGGAUUUGUGCCGCAAAUUCAACCCGGAGAGGGAGGGUAUGUUCACAUGCUGGAACACACGUUUAAACUCCCGUCCGAACAACUACGGUGCACGAAUUGACUACGUGCUCACAUCACCCGGUCUCGCACAUUGGUCCUCGCACGCUGAUAUUCGACCGGACGUCAUGGGCUCGGAUCAUUGUCCUGUGUAUGCUGAUUUCAAGCACGAACUACUACCAGAAUCAAACGAAGAGGAGAAAGAACAAAGGUGGUUGCUGGAUCUGGUUAACCCACAAGGGACGUUCGUGCAGAACGUGAGGGUCGCACCACCACCUCCACCACCACAACUCUGCGCAAAGAAUACUGGGGAUUUCAAGGGUCGGCAGAGCCUGAAAGAUUUAUUUGCGAAAGGGGCAUCAUCGGCUUGCUCAGGAAAUGCGAGUCCUGUUGCUGCGGCGGAGAGCGUACCUUCCAACGCUACAUUUCAAGCAGCGGCGCCGCUGAAGAGGGCUGCCUCCGAUGCAUUAGGUUCUAACGCGGGCGAGACGAAGAAAACAACGAAGAUUCCGAAGAUUACAAAGGAUGCUUCGCCUGGGCAGAAGAGCUUAAGGGGCUUUUUCACGGCGAAGGCGCCGGCGCCAGCGGUUCAGCAGAGUGAUCCACCCGUGAAAGUUAGCAAGAGCACGCAAGCGACCAUAGUGGCUACGGAAGCCCCGGCCAAUCUCGACUGUGUGGAUAUUUGCGAUCCACCCAAAACCCUAGCAGAAGCGAAACCAAGCGGCACGAUAACUGAAGCCGACUACGCCAUAAUCCAACCCGAAACCACCCGCUCCUCCUGGUCCACCCUCUUCACCAAACCCACUGCCCCCCUCUGCACGACCCAUAACGAGCCCUGCACCGAACUCACCUCCAAAAAACCUGGCCCGAAUAUGGGCAGGAGAUUCUGGAUUUGUUCGAGACCUGUGGGGCCGGGGUAUGAUAAUGGGGAGAGGCCAAAGGGGGAGGUUAAUCGGGAAUGGAGGUGUAACUAUUUUAAGUGGAGUAGUGAGGUUGGCCGGAAGUGA